GUCAACUCACACCAACAUCAACAAACAACAACAAUAUCAACAAAAUAAUUGUCGUUAUCUUAUCCUUGUUGUAUUCUUGUUAUAUGUUUUCUCAUUUUGAACACACCAUAAAGCAAAUCCCUAAAGGUGCAUUGAAAAAUUGAAUUUUGAUUUGGUUAUCAUAUAACGAAAAGGAAGAUUAGAUUGUUGAAGUUUGAUACAAUGGGGGAUUUGGAGAAACAAGAGAGAAAUGUGGUAGAAGAAGAGAAUGAGAAGCUGUUAGAGGGUGUUGCGGUUUUGGACUUUGAUUUAUUGUGUUCCUCUGUGGCUUUGAAAGCUUCUCAAGGGAAAUGGGGGAAGCUACGAACCAUGGAAGAAGAUGAUGAAGAAGAGGAAAAUGGGGUUUUUGGUGGAGUGUUUAGGAUGUGGGAGGGUGAACUUUUUGAUUGCUUUGAUAAUCGUCGCAUUGCUAUUGAAUCCACCUUUUGUCCUUGCUAUCGAUUUGGAAAGAACAUGAAGAGAGCUGGUUUUGGUUCUUGCUACAUUCAGGCAAUAGUUUAUUUGAUUCUUACAAUUGGUGCCUUUAUUAACUUCAUUGCAUUUGCUGCCACAAGACGUCACUGCUUUCUCUACCUUGGAGUUUCCUUAAUAGUUUUUGUUGGCGCAUAUUUAGGAUUCUUUCGAACACUUACAAGAAAGAAAUUUAACAUCAAGGGCAGUGAAGGUUCCUUUGACGAUUGUAUUUACCAUUUUGCUUGUCCUUGUUGUACAUUAUGUCAGGAGUCUAGAACAUUGGAAAUGAACAAUGUUCAAAAUGGUACAUGGCAUGGUCGAGGUGACACAAAAUUCAUAGGUGGUUUUGAGUUAUUUCCUCCUCCUGUUAUUUUUGUUAAGUCCAUUAAUGAGAGUUGAUUUUAAAAUAAUGGAGAACAUUAUUUUACAUUAUCUAAGGAGAUAUGAGAUAGAUAUUUAUUUGAUUGUGUACAUUAUUGUGAUUAUUAAAUACAUGGCUGAAAAAACUUGAUAUUGGUGGAA